AUGGACCUAUCCCCGGAUGAAGAUCACUUCCAAGGGCGGUUGUUGCACCAGGCCGCCCUGUGGGACAACGUGGAGCUGCUGCAGGAGCUGGUGGCGACGGGGGCGGACGUGGACGCGAGGGAUCGCAGCGGGCGCACCGCCCUCCACGCGGCCGCCCUGCUCGAGGGCGGCCGCUGCCUGGCAGCCCUGUGCUCGGCCGGCGCGGAGCUGGACGCGCGCAGCGACGUCCAGACGGGCGGCAAGAUAAGCGCUUUUAAGUGGGGCAUGUUCCGCACAUAUCCAAGUUGGACCUUGGUGCCGCUGAAGCGGAAGCUGUGUAUAAACAGUCUACUUAGACACGUCAGCCAGUUCACGUGCUCGCCGAUAGCUCGUCUGAUGGGUGCCACACUCACGACCGCCCUCCACCUGGCCGCCGAAAGAGGCCACGCCGAGAACGUGGCGCUCCUCCUCUCCGCUGGGGCGCAGGUGGACGCCGCCGACGCUGGUGGGGAGACAGCUCUAGCCCUGGCGGAGCGGGGCUGCCACAGGCGGACGGCGCGGCUGCUACGCGACGCGACCGUUUUGACAUCGCCGAAUAUACUCGUCGUAUGUAGGAGGUCGUCACAGUUGAAAUCCUCACGGAGGCAAGGCUUCGUUCGACACGUGGUGCGGCAAGAGGGAAUGGCCCCAAACCGCCCCGCACCCCCACCCCAUGACGGCAUCUACCGGCGUCGGGGGUUGAAGGCCGACUUCCCGCCGUCUGGUCUGGUACCGGAUUGUGUGCUUCGACGAUAUUAUCGAUUGUUCGACAUGCAACCUUUUAGGCGGCGGUUAGUUAAUGCAUAUUUAGAUAUA